UACUUCCGCAAGAGAGAAGCAGAAGACUUGUGUUGCUGUGCUGUUAGUGGAGAUUGCUAGUACAACGAUGAAAUACAUCAGUUUUAGUGUCCGUGAAAAUAUAGUGUUUACAGAUGCACGAAAACAUUAAAAUGCUUAGUCUACUACGUAAGAGAGUGUCGGAAGUUUAACACUAUUUUCUGCAACUUCGAUCCGUUGGCUACACGAAAAGCUGCAUUGUGCAUAUCGAUAUCGAUCAGUCUACCUUAGUACAUAUGUAAAGAUUUUUAUAUUAGCUGUCUCGUUUCGGCAUGGAUCUUAGACAGCUAGUCCAGAGAAAACUUGCUUCGGGAGAACGAUGCACGCACAGUAUCGAAACGGCAAAAAUUAUUGACGACAAACGGCAUUUGCGAAUUGUUGCCAUUAUAGAGAAAAAUGAUGAACAUGCAAUUUUAGUCUAUACUGCAAGUCGAAUUCCCUGCUUAAAUAGUGAAGACUUAAAGCUUGAAACAGUACUGUCAGUGGAUGCUACACUGCGAUGCCAUGCUGAAGCACCUCGAAGUGAUCAGUCAGGAAUUGCCACAAGUUUUCUGUUGGGAUUAAAAUCUCCUGAAAUACAUAUUUUACUAGAGAUGCCACAACAAAAAUCAACUCAAAAUUUUCUAGCAGAAAUUAAAAGGGCACAAGAUUUGCACACCCAGAAUGCUGCAUUUGGCACCACUCCUUCCUUUGAUUGGCUUACUAAGUAUAGAAACAAGGCCGGCUCCAGCAACCCAUUUGCAGAAGAUGUCUUUGAUCCCAUGAAAUAUAUGAACCUUGAGGGACCAAACAAUCAUGUGACACUCACCGAAGAAGGGCAGUCUAGUAGGUCCCAAAGCACAUGGUUUGCCUCUGAAUUUGACAAUAAGCUGCUGUUGAAUGGGCAAGGUGUGGCACCAUAUACUAACAGCUAUUUUGGCAGCCGAGACUCUCUUGAUGCCAUGAACAAGGAAUUCGACUUCACUGACUCACUUGACUCACUACAGAAACAGCUUGGGUUGGGACCAGGUGUGGAACUACCAAUAGGUGCCAAGCCUAUCACAAGUCGCGAAGCUUUUGCCCGUAAAAUCCUUGCUGAGCGUGAAAAUGAAUUCACCAACGUGCAGACAGUGAGAGUCUUUUGUGGCACAUGGAAUGUUAAUGGACAGUCACCAUCUGAAGCACUUGACAGGUGGUUGGUUGUGGAUGAAGAGCCUCCUGACCUUUACGUAAUUGGGUUUCAAGAGCUAGACUUAAGCAGGGAGGCUUUCAUUUUCAAUGAUUCGAUAAAAGAGGCAGAAUGGCAAAAGUCUGUGAAGGAGUACCUCCACCCAAAGGCAAAAUAUAAAAAGGUGAAAUCUGUACGUCUAGUGGGCAUUCUGCUUAUGGUGUACAUCCAGGAGAAGCUGUCAAAAUAUGUUAAUUUCAUUGAUGCAGACACUGUAGCAACUGGUAUCAUGGGAAUCAUGGGUAACAAGGGUGGUGUUUCUGUUCGCUUCACACUUCACAGCACUUCCAUGUGCUUCAUCAACUCUCAUUUGGCAGCUCACCAGGAUGAAUUCGAGCGACGCAAUCAGGAUUACAGAGACAUUUCAUCAAAAAUAAAAUUUAAAGAGUUUUCUCCUCCACUGACCAUGGUUGACCACGAUUUGGUUUUCUGGAUUGGAGAUCUGAACUACAGGAUAGCAGGAAUGCCACUUGAUGAUGUCAAGAUGUAUAUUCAGAAACAGAUGUACAAAAAAUUGCUACUGGGUGAUCAGCUUCAUGGUCAGUUAGGGCAGUCUGAUAUUUUUAAGGAUUUCAAAGAGGGAACAAUAGGCUUUGAUCCUACCUACAAGUUUGAUACUGGAACAGAUGUGUAUGAUACCAGUGAGAAAAGUCGCAUUCCUGCAUGGUGUGAUCGCAUUCUUUGGAGAGGUGAUGAGAUCCAGCAACUUCGUUAUGACUCGCAUCCUCAACUUCGCAUCAGUGACCAUAAGCCUGUUUCAUCACUUUUCUGUGUUGGGAUCAAAGUGAUAGAUCAGAAGCGAUACAAGAAGGUCUAUGAAGACAUCAUGAAGCAGUUAGACCGCAUUGAGAAUGACUAUCUGCCACAGAUUAAACUGGACAAGACUGAGUGUCUUUUUAAAGAUGUGAAGUUCAUCGAACCUCAAACAGAGAUUAUUACUGUAGCUAAUGUAGGCCAGGCUCAUGUGGAAUUUGAGUUUAUUAAAAAGCUGGAUGAUGUAGGAUACUGUAAACCAUGGUUAUCAGCCAAACCCUACAAAUCUGUAGUGGAACCAGGUUUGUCAUGUGACAUUCAUCUAGAAGUGUAUGUAGACAAAGCUACUGUGAGUUCCUUGAAUAGUGGGCAGGACAAGUUGGAAGACAUUCUUGUUCUGCAUCUGCAUGGUGGGAAAGACUUUUUUAUUACCAUUAAUGGCAAUUUUCUGCCUAGCUGCUUUGGAUCAUCUAUUGAGGCACUGAUUCAGAUGCACCACCCAAUCAGGGAGGUUCCAGAAGCACAGCUUGUGGAAAUUGAACAACCUGGCAGUCUUUCUCAGGUGGAUUUGUCAAAAUCUGGGGGUCGGCUGUAUAUGAUACCAAAAGAGUUAUGGAGGCUCGUUGAACAUAUCAAUGUACAUGGCAAGGCAGUGGAAAACUUAUUCCAAAUCCCUGGCCUUCAGACAGAAUUACAGCAGAUUCGAGACUGUCUAGACACUGGAGUGCCAGAUGUUUUGCCUGGCAGUGUGCACUCCAUUGCGGAAUCACUCCUACUAUUUCUUGAGUGCCUGGCUGAACCAGUCAUUCCAUUCAGCUAUUACAGCCAGUGCCUGGCUGCUUCCAACAACCUUUUACUUAGCAAGCAGGUGCUAAGCAUUAUACCUGAAUUUCAUAAGAACACCUUCCAAUAUAUCUGUGAAUUUCUGAAAGAGGUAUUGAAGUACUCCGACAAGAAUGGUCUAGACUUCAAGUUCAUAUCUGCCGUGUUUGGGGCAGUUCUUUUGCGGCCACCACAGUCAGCAUCCUGUGGUGGAGGAACAUCAAAAUCAAAUAGACACCGACUACAAGAAGAAGAGGCCAAACGAGCAGCAUUUAUCUACCACUUUCUCACAAAUGAUGUUCUUGCAUGAACAGUCCUGCCAGACACAACUGCAUGCUGCUGAGAAAGACUGCACAUUUUCUGGUUCUUGUGAUGGCCUGUUAUUCUUUGCCAAGCUUCAUACAGUGCAUUAGGAUGGACCAAGUGGGAAUCUAGCCUUUUAUUCAUUUUAAACUCAAAUUUCAUUUGCCAGACAAUCAAGAGUAUUGCUUUCACUCUCGAAUCUGUGCCAGUUGUUGAAAGUUUGGUGCUCAAACAAGCCUGUGAGGAGUAUUGUGAAUCCACUGCAGCAUGUCAUAUGACUUUCUAGAGAGAAACCUUAAGGUCCACCACUUAAACACUGGGCAUUGGAUACUGAUCCUCUUAUAAACAUUCACAUUAAUAGCUUUUCUAGAUAAUAUAUCAUUUGAAUUAAAAUCAUUUUCUGGUUUUAUUUAUUUCAUUUUUGCAUUGUUCAUUUUGUUUGUCAGGUUUUUUUCUUAUGUGAGGACUUCAGCAUGCUUGCUUGCAACAAUGGAGGCCAUUAUUUAGCCACAUCUCAGGUGCAUUUAUCCUCAAUGUCUUCACCAUGAAAGAAUGUACAGAAUGUCAUUGACUGAUCAUUUGACCCACUCCAACAGCAAACAUUUUAUGAUUACUUAGGAUGAAGAAAAGAAAGUCUUCAUUGCUUAAUGAUGAAUAAUAGAGUUUGCACAAAGGAUUUUUGUCAAUCAUUUUGUUUCGUUUCUCAAAGCCUUUAUGCACAUUGCCUUGUGAAUUAUUCUGUAGUUUUUAACUGAAAGGAAGGAAUUGUUUAAUUUAAACCAAACACUAUAAUGUAAAACGUCACAAACAAGAUGUUGCUUUGUGUAAUAUACUUAAAAAUCAUUCUAGAUUUCUCCCUUUAUACCAUCAUUAGUUAUGAAGUUUUUAAUCUUUUGAAAUACUGUUUCCUAUUUAAAAUUCCUUCCUCAUGCUUAAAAUUUAUUUUAAAAUUUAACAUAGAAGAAACAUUGUGAUACCAGAUACAAGUCAAUAUUUUAAAUUGUCUUUUUGUGUUUUAUAAUGUGCAUUAUCAAAGAAAAGUAAAACUUACAAAAGUUUAUUUUGAAACUUUGUAGAAAAUUUAAAUAUCUGAAUACUUAUCGGUAAAUUACUAUAAAUCUUUAUUUCUGAGAUCAGAACAAAAUAGUAAUAUCUGGCUACUGUUAAUCAAGUAAACCUUUGGAGAGAAAUUCAUGUACAGAAUUUGCUGCCAAGCAUUUGAAAGAAAAACAUAAAAUGUACAAUUUAGCCCCUCUCCUAAGCCUGACUCAGUCAAUUACAAAGCAGAUUUUUUAUUAACUUUUGUAAAGGAUGUUUUUCAGGUGUUGUGUAAGUAAUAGUAACUGUCAACUGUUUACAAUGAACAAACUAUCUUUGUAUCUUUCACUAACCCCUCUCUCUCACACACACAUACAUAUACAUACAUAAUGACAGUUGUAUGACAAAUGUCAUAACAUGCUAAUAAGUUAUUACACCUCUUCUUGCUUACAUUUCAGCAGAAAAGUGUAAUAAUAUAGCAGUUUUUGUCUUCAUAUUCAGCCUCUUGCCACUUAUGGUUGUGAAAAUGUAAGGCAUUACUUUUAUUUGUACUGAUCUCCUUUUUAGCAUCAUGGUGAUUCUGUCCACUGAGGUAGAUAUGAUGCAUUACUAAGAUAUGUCAUGUGGUAAAUUAUCUAGUUAUUUAGGUUUUUAUUUUUUGUGUAAGGCUGAGUAAAAAAGAAAGCAAUCAUUGUAUCAUACAUAAGUUCAUGUAAAUGUGCCAUACAAACUAGUUUCUUCAUCAAACACUGUAGAAUAUUUAAUAUGCAUGUAUAAUUUGGUAAUUAUGGUAGUGGUGUUGAUGAGCUAGAGAAGAAAGAUAGGCUGUCUUCUUAAUAUUUGAUGGUAUUAUAACACAGUCAUCAUCAGUGUCCAACAUAUUUGUUUCUCACUAUAAAUACAUUUACUUUCUUGUUUCAGGCAGAGAUUGUGUUUGUCACCUGAGAGUCCUGGAUAAUAACACAAAUGCUCUUCUUGUCACGUCUUACAAUUUCAUCAUUCUGCAUAUAUUGCCUUGAAAUUUUGAUUUUUUUAAAUGUCAUUUGCAUUGUACAAAAAAUGUUUCAAAGUUUUGAGUUAGAAACAAAUUUACAAUUCUUCCAUACUCUUUUAGUUGCAUAACAGUACACUCAUUUAGUGAGUUAUCUUGUAGUGCAUGAUAACAUGGUUUUAAGAUCUGUUGCUGUUUGUCCAGCAUGAUGGAAAUGAUCUGCUGAUGAUAGUAAAAUCACAUCUUUACAUUAUAAUUUGAAUUUUCCCUGUAAAAGACUGGAGGUGAUUAAUGUUUUCCUAUAAAUAUGAUUUAUUUAUAUGUUCUUUGGAAGUUUGCUGCGUACAUGUGGGUAAAGAUAAGCUUGAGUUUUCUGCUUUUUGCAAGUGAUUGGGCAGAGAGUGAAAACUCAUCAUCUGUGGCUAUUCUGUGCAGCUUUGGUAAUGUGUUAAUAACGUGGUUUAUAUAAAAGUCACAAUUAUAGCUGGCUUGAGCAUGUUUUUGUAUUGGGUCUGCCAUUUUUUAAAAACGAAGACGAUGUAUAAAGCUUAUUAAUGUAUAGCAAUGAGAACUUAACUGCAGACUGUGUCUGUGCAAUGUCAUUGAAACUUUAUUUCAUGUUUGGUCAGGUUUUUACGUCAUUCCACUCGGUGGGUUUUACAGCUGUUUUCCUCCAUUUGUGAGAACUCUUGCCACAGUCGCAUUUAGUUAUCAGCUUGCUUGCAAACAGUGUAAUGCUGGACUGAUCACCCUGCUGUUAAUAUUUCAGCUUAUAGGGUUUUUUGGUUUUUUUUGUGUCAUAUUUGUACUUACAGAACCUGUGAUGAAACAUUUUACUUUGCACCUCAGCGUUGACAUUACCGAAGAAAUUAUUUCAAACAACUUUGUAAUCCUUGUUUAUACUGCCCUAUGCAUAACUUCUCGAGCACUUCUUCAGCAUUGUAUAGAGUUGGUAUGUUGGAAGCUGUGAGUCUAUAAAGGAAAGCUAACUUGUGGAAUAUUGAUAACUGUAUUAUUAAAAUUUUUCUGUUUAAAUUAACAAUAAGCCAAAACAGAUUUUUUUAUAUUGAAUAAACAAAUGCAACCAUUUUGAUAUGGUGCAGCACAGUUUAACCAAUGUAAUCCAAAUAUAGUCUCAAAUUUCAUGUGAAGGUGUACAAAUGGAUAAUGCUUUCUUAGUUGAAUUAAUCUUUAUGUGAAUGCUAUACAUACUGAAAAAAUAGAAUUGUGUGGCAUAUAAGACAGUGCAGCUUUUCAAAGACGAAGUGAAGUCUUCAAGAUUGGCUUUGUGCUUCCUCUCACAUUAGUUUGCUUUAACAGUUAAAAAAAAUAUAUGGAUACUUGUUACUGUCUGACAGUAAGAAAAAUUAGCAGAUUCAUCUGGCCAACAAUAUUAGCAAUCCUGAAUGCUAGCAGAGGAAAACCCACCUGUGCACAAGUGGAAUGCUUAACUAUUCUGCCAUUGCUCUUUAAUCAGUCUAGUUACAAACUUUUUGAAUCUAGAUUUAGAUAAAUGUCAUCCACGAUCCACCUAACCUAAGUAAAGCUACUUUCAGGAACAAUAUACCGUCCAGUCCAUAACCCUGCUUUAUUCAGUUUAGUUUUGUAUAUAAAGCUAUGAAAUUAUUAUUAUGAUAUACACUUCCACUCAUGUAGCCACAAAUAUGUCUAAGAAUAAUGUGCAGUCUUGCCUAGCUUAGUCCAACAGUCAGACGGUUAGUACUAUUGGCUCCGGGGAGCAGGUUUUAGGUUCAAAGGUCACUCAACCUGUGACUAUAUAUAUCUCUGCUUACUCAAGGAGUGGGUUGGGCUCCCUUUCUACUCUUCUGCUUCCUUUGUCAAAGAUAUGAUAAGCUGCUUAGAGUUCAUAGUUAUGGUAAAGGCAAUUUAAAGUCCAUCUAAAUCACUAUAGCUGUGCAAUAGAAAAAUCCAUACCCUACUUAACUGAAUUUCUGUUUUGCUUGGUUUUGGUCAUCUUCCCCAUGUGACAGUUCAGAUUGCACUUAGUUAUCUUGUUCUAGGACUGUUUCCAUCUGUAGGAUUUUUGAUGUAGUCUCUCUAGUUGGUCUUUGCACCUGCUCGUGGGUUAUGGUUGUCGGCAUUGAGAUUUCAAAAAAGAACUGGUUUUUGGCAUUUUAUGUCUUCCAUCCUCACCAAAUGACAAGCCCAUGGGACUUGCGGAUUCAGAAUGGAUUGUGUUCAAGACAUGCCACUUAGUGCCCAUAAUAGAGAUCAUCUGUGCAUUCUUUGAUGUGUUUCAUUCCUCAUAAAUUUAAAAAAAAUGUUUUGCUGCUUUCUUAGUCUUGUGUUUCCUUGGAGUGUUUUUGUUUCAAUCUGCACACAGUCGUGAGAAUCUGUUCUGGUGCCAGUGUUUACCAUAUAGAAACCAAGCAGCUGGUGGAGUUGUUGAGUCAAAACUAAUACAGUUACUGCAGUCAGAACAUUUUUUUUUUGGAAUCACUGAACACAUGACUCCACACCUUUCCAACCAUAGAGUCUGCCGUUUAAUGGCAAGUCUAUUGGAUUUUUUUUUUUAUAAUCUGAUUCCUUGGUUUUUAUUCUGCAGACUAUAUGAAGAAAUUUUUACCAAAGAGUCCUUCAGUUGAUCCUGUACAUGAAGAAAAUGUAUUCUUUAUCUGUGCAUGCUUUGUUAAACUUUGUGUAAAUUAAGAAGUGCACCACAGCAGACUAGAAGAGUCCACUUGUACAACAUAUCAUUUAAUACCAUUUCUUUCAAGCUAAACUUCUUCAGUCAUAAUAUUGUCAAAGGUUGCCUACCCCUCAUCCCAUCUUUACACUGGGACUUUAUAUGGAGGCUUUUAGUGUGGUUAACCACAGGGUGUGACGUGUGCAGAAUAAAAAACUUCAUAUUUA